AUGUGUACCUAGCUUAUUGGUGAGAUCACCAGGAAUUCCUUGGAGAUCAGUCUACAACAACUGAAAUGUCAUUUCACCUGGAAUUUGUUAAAGGAAGAAAAUUCCUUGGAUGAUUUUGAAGACAGAAUAUGUAACCAGACUGAGUUUGAGAACAGUGAAUUCAGAGCCACAACAUGCAACAUACUGGCCUACAUAAAACACCUACGAGGCCAAAACGAAGUCGCCCUGGAAUAUUUACAGCAAGCUGAAGAAUUCAUUCAGAGAGAUCAUUCUAGCCAAGCAGAAAUCAGAAGUCUGAUCACCUGGGGAAACUAUGCCUGGGUCUACUAUCACAUGGGCAGACUUUUCGAAGCUCAGAUUUAUGUCAACAAGGUGAGACACGUCUGCAAGAAGUUUUCCAGCCCGUAUAGAAUUGAAAGUCCUGAGAUAGACUGUGAGGAAGGGUGGACACGGUUGAAGUUUGGAGGACAGUUUAAUGAAAGAGCUAAGGUGUGUUUUGAGAAAGCUCUGGAAAAGAAACCAAAGAACCCGGAAUUCACCUCUGGACUGGCGAUUGUGAGCUACCGUUUGGAUACCUGGUCACCUAAGCAGAACUCCGUUGACUCUCUGAAACAAGCCAUUGGGCUGAAUCCUGACAAUCAGUACGCUAAAGUUCUCCUGGCCCAAAAACUCCAAGACAUGAAUGAAGAGGAUGAAGGAGAACGUUUAGUUGAAGAAGCCUUAGAGAAAGUCCCAUGUGCAACAGAUGUGCUUCGCAGCGCUGCAAACUUUUAUCGAAGAAAAGGUGCCCUGGACAAAGCUAUAGAAAUACUUAGAAAGGUUUUAGAAAGUUUGCCAAACAAUGCCUACGUUCAUUACUACACUGGGUGCUGCUACAAGACAAAAGUCCUCCAAAUACAGAAUGAAAGGUAUGGGAAAAAAGAGAAGUUACUGGAAGUAAUAGAACAAGCCAUGAUUCAUUUAAAGAAAGCAGAAUCACUCAAUACGAAUCUACCCAAUAUCUACUCUUACCUUGCCAGCCUCUGUGCUCAAGCCAAUCAGUAUGAGGAAGCAGAUUAUUACUUCCAAAAAGAAUUCAGCAAAGAGCUUAAUCCUGUGGUGAAACAGCUGCUGCAUCUGCGAUACGGCAACUUUCAGCUGUAUCAAAUGCAAUGUGAAGAAAAGGCCAUCCAGCAUUUUAUAGAGGGCAUGAAAAUAAACCAGAGAUCAAAGCCAAAAGAAAAAAUUAAAAGCAAGCUGCAAAGAAUUGCUAAAAUGCGGUUAGCUCGAAACAGUAAUGAUUCUGAGGCUUUGCGUCUCUUGGAGGUCCUUGAGUUGGACAGAGAAAUGCAGCCAGCAGAUAAAGAAUGUGAGAAGAGUUUGGACUCCACCAGCCUCCUCCCUUCAGCUUCUAUAGCUGAGGCAAGGAAUGAGGAAUAG